AUGGUUCUGUUGGUCGUUGCGGUUACGGUCCAGGCGGCUUCCCGAGACCAAUGGAUCGGUCGGUCGGUCUACCAGAUCGUUACCGAUCGCUACGCGCGAUCGGAUAACUCAACCACCGCGGCGUGUGAUGCAGCACAGGGCAACUACUGCGGCGGGUCCUUCCAGGGUAUCAUCAACAAGCUCGACUACAUUCAGGAUCUCGGGUUCGAUGCGGUCUGGAUCUCUCCCGCGCAAACCCAGGUGUCCGCUCGAACGGCGGAUCUCUCCGCAUACCAUGGAUAUUGGCCAAAUGAUCUGUAUUCCAUCAACUCCCAUUUUGGCACUCCCGAUGACCUCCAAGCGCUAUCCUCGGCGUUGCACGAUCGCGGAAUGUACUUGAUGCUGGACAUCGUCGUCGGAGACCUGGCCUGGGCGGGAAAUCCCACCACCGUCGACUACAGCACAUUCAAUCCGUUCAACGAUCAGAAGUAUUUCCACGACUUCCGACUACUCUCGGAUGACCCCACAAACGAAACCUGUGUUCUGGAUUGCUGGAUGGGAGACACCAUCAUAUCACUUCCCGAUCUGCGAAACGAGGACCACCAAGUCCAGCAGAUGCUGGGCACCUGGAUUUCGGAACUGGUGUCGAACUAUUCCGUGGAUGGAUUGCGCAUCGACAGUGUCUUGAACAUUGCCCCCGACUUCUUCGCGAACUUCACCAAGGCAGCGGGGGUCUUCACUCUCGGUGAAGGUGCCACCAAGUCAGCGACCGAUAAUUGUCCUCUGCAGCCCAGUAUCAACGGACUGCUGAAUUAUCCAUUGUAUUAUAUCCUCACAAACGCAUUCAACACGACCAACGGGAAUCUGAGCACGAUCAUUCAGUCUAUUGACUUUGUCAAGACACAGUGCGAGGACGUCCUAGCCCUGGGAACCUUUACAUCGAACCAAGAUGUCCCUCGCUUUGGCUCGUACACUUCGGAUAUAUCACUCGCUCGCAACAUCCUCACAGUCAGCAUGCUCACUGACGGUAUUCCUAUCCUCUACUACGGCGAGGAACAGCACCUGUCGGGCGCAUUUAACCCUGUCAACCGGGAGGCCUUAUGGCUCACCAACUACUCGAUGGACUCGACGUCCCUACCAUCGCUGGUCCAGUCGCUGAACCGCAUUCGAUCCUACGCCAGCGGGGAUGGCAAACAGUACACGGUGAAUUCCAAGUCCGGGACCGACUACCUCUCGUACCUUUCAUUACCAAUCUUCAACACAAGCCACAUUCUGGCCACCCGCAAGGGCUUUGCUGGCAAUCAGGUCGUGAGUGUCGUAUCCAAUCUCGGAGCCAAGCCCGCCACCAAAGCUACAACCAAGAUUACGCUGGGCUCCGACGGGACUGGAUUCCAAUCAAAACAGAACGUGACGGAGAUUCUGUCCUGCAAGACGUAUGUCACCGAUUCCCACGGAAAUCUGACGGUCGACCUCAGCUCGGACGGGGGUCCUCGGGUGUACUAUCCCACGGCCAGCCUGAAAGAAAGCACGGAUAUCUGUGGCGAUCAGACCAACACGACCACCCCGAGUAGCUCGGGAGCCUCGUCCGUAAGCCCAACGCCUUCCACCGGUGCUGAGACUUCUUUAUUCGGUCUGUCGUUGGAGAUAAGGACCUUGCUGGUCACGGUUGCAAUGGCCACGGCCACGUCCUACUUGUUUGUUUGA